AUGUUUGGACAGAAGGACGACCGUCUCAUCUACACUUAUGACGGGGAGCGCUUAUGGCUCGAGCCAUGGGGGCCCAAUGCGCUCCGUGUCCGCGCUACGAAAUCGCACGAGAUGCCUUCUGAGGAUUGGGCCCUAGACGAGCCCGUUGCUGCUGCCCCAGCCAUGAUCGAGAUAGGCGACGAGACUGCCACCAUCACCAACGGGAACGUGAAAGCUAUAGUCUCUCGGCGGGGCAAGGUGACGAUGCACCACACAGUGACUGGAGCUUUGCUGCUCGAGGAGUAUGCACGGACUCGAGUCGAUGUGCGGGACCCGAAGGCAUCAGCACUUGAAGUGGAGGCUCGCGAAUUUCGCCCAAUUGUCGGUGGUGACUACGCGUUGACAUUGCGUCUGGAAAGCGUUUCGAAGAAGGAGAAGCUAUUUGGCAUGGGCCAGUACCAGCAGGCAUACCUGGACCUAAAGGGUACAGACCUAGAACUCGCUCAGCGGAACAGUCAAGCGAGUGUACCAUUCAUGCUGAGCAGUCUUGGGUACGGUUUUCUGUGGAACAAUCCCAGUGUUGGCCGAGCUGUGCUGGGCAACAAUAUUAUGAGCUUCACUGCGAGUAGUACCCGAAAAUUAGACUACUGGAUAGUCGUGGAGGAUACCCCAAAAGCCAUAUGUGAGCGGUAUGCUGACGCGACGGGCAAACCUCCUAUGAUGCCUGAGUAUGGUCUGGGAUUCUGGCAAAGUAAGCUCCGGUACCAGACUCAAGAAGAGACCUUGGAGGUAGCGCGAGGCUACAAGAAGAGGAACUUGCCCUUGGACGUGCUUGUUAUCGACUUUUUUCACUGGAGGGCACAGGGCGAGUGGAGCUUCGACAAGGACUACUGGCCAGAUCCUGCAGCAAUGUGUAGGGAGUUGAGGGAACUAGGCAUUGAACCUAUGGUAUCGAUCUGGCCAACGGUAGAAGAAGAUUCGGAGAACUGGAGCGAGAUGGUGGAGAAGGGCCUGCUGAUUCGAAAUGAAAGGGGAUUUAGAGCUGUCAUGGACUUCCAAGGCAAUACAGUGCACUUCGAUGCGACAAAUCCGGAGGCAAGGCAAUACGUCUGGGAGAAGGCGAAGAAGAAUUAUGGUCAAUAUGGUAUUCGACUGUUUUGGCUAGACGAGGCGGAACCUGAGUACAAGACUUAUGAUUUUGACAACUGGAGAUACCACCUCGGUCCAAGUUUGGCGAUCGGAAACAUCUAUCCUCGAAAUUAUUCGCAAGCGUUCUACGAGGGUGCCAAAGCUGCCGGCCCAAUCCAAGGCAGAGCUCCAAACGAGGUCAAUCUAGUACGGUGUGCCUGGGCUGGUUCUCAGAAGUUUGGUGCUCUACUCUGGAGUGGUGACAUUGCCUCCUCAUGGGGCAGUCUUCGUAAUCAGCUAGCUGCUGGUCUGAAUGUGGGCGUAGCAGGCAUCUCGCACUGGACAACUGAUAUUGGUGGAUUUCACGGCGGCGACCCCAAUGACGAAGCUUUCAGGGAAUUGCUCGUCCGAUGGUUCCAGUGGGGGGCUUUCUUGCCAGUAUUCCGCCUUCACGGAGAUCGCUAUCCCAAUAAGCCUGCCCUCGGAAAGACUGGCGCUGGGAGAUGUCCAUCAGGAGCAGAUAAUGAGGUAUGGUCUUACGGCGAAAAGGUGGAAAAGAUCCUGACCAAGUAUCUCCACUUGCGUGAGACUCUACGUGAUUACGUCCGAGUAUUGAUGAAGGAGGCAUCGGCGAAGGGAACACCUGUAAUUCGUACGUUGUUCCUAGAAUUUCCAGAGGAUAAGGAAGCCUGGGAGAUUGAGGACGAGUACAUGUUCGGGGCCAAGUAUCUGGUAGCCCCGAUAUUGUACCCUGGGCUGACCAAGAGGACGGUGUACUUUCCGGUAGGUGCGAGAUGGAAAGCUAUGGAAACAGACAAUAUCUACGAGGGCGGCAUCUCAGCGGACGUUGAUGCUCCACUGGAGACGAUACCAGUCUUUGUGCGCCAGUGA